CAAAAAGGGACAGGUUUACCAGGAAGCCAUGCCUGUGUUUCCAGAUAGCCACACAACGAAGAAUAUCAGGUCUGGAUGAUGGAUCCGCCCUCCGUCAACCUCGUCGCCUCCACCAGCAAUCCCGACGGGCACCUCCGUCCCAGGAGGAAUGAGGCCCGCACCCGGCACUCGUUCUUCAAAACCGUACAAUGGUCCGCUGAUGGCACGACCCUUUUCACCUCAUCGUACUCGAACCGCAUCUGCGCUUUUGUUCUACCCGAGACCCUGCUUGAACCUCGUCAGUCACCCGUAAAUCUCACCGCCCACGGCACGCUCACCUUGCCCGAGCCGACAAGUGCCAUUGCCCCCUGCCCCUACUUCGCCCUCGAACAGCCCUCAACCCAGGUCCUGCUCACCGCCAGCACUGACCAUCCCAUCCACCUCCACCACGCCUUUCCCCCAUCACCAUCCUCAGCGUCAUCACCUCUAUCUCCCACAUCACCACCCGCAUCACCCCCCUCCUCGUCCGACGACAACCCCGACCCGCCCCCGCCGCAACCACCCCCGCUCGCAUCCUUCCACCUCGUCAAGCGCGAGACCGAAGCCUACCUGCCCGUCGCCUCCCUGCUCUGGCCGGCCCCGGGCACGCACUUCGUCGCCGGCACGACCAACCGCAUCGCCCUCUUCGACGUCUCCCGCCCGGACGCCCUGCAGCCCGCCCCGCUGCUCUCGAUCCCGACCAUCCCCUCCACCCGGCACCUCGCCAAGGGCGGCGGCGUCGGCAUGCGCGGCACCGUCUCCGCGCUGGCCGCGCAGCCUCUCGUCGACGGCGGCGGGUGGGGGGGGCUGCUCGCCGCCGGCACGUGGACGAGGAGCUUGGGCUUGUACGAUCUGGCCAGGAGCGGGGAGUGCGUGGCGACGUGGGGCGUUGCCGGCGCGGCGGCGGAGGCCGGGGUCGGCGGGAAGGGGGUGGUGCAGGCUUUGUGGUCGCCCUGCGGCCGGUAUUUGGUGGUGAAUGAGCGCGGCGCGACCGGGCUGUUGGUGUAUGACCUGCGGGGCACGCAUCGGUUGCUGGGGUGGCUGGAGGGGAGGGAUGGGAGGACAAACCAGCGGCUGAGCUGCGAUGUGUUCCCUGGGGCUGAGGGGACAGGCGGGUUUGAGGUGUGGGCGGGGACAAAGAAUGGUGGGGUGGUUGUUUGGGAAGGGGUUGGCAAUCAGGAGGGUGGUGUCCGGCCGUCGUGGGACUGGAAGGCCCAUGGCUCGGCGGUAGGGGCAACGGCGAUGCAUAUGAGCGGGUCGGUGGUUGCGACCUGCUCGGGAUCGUGGGAGAUUGUGGAUCCGGAGGUCGACACUUCUGAGAGCUCCGACAGCUCCGGCAGCUCCGACAGCUCAGACAGCUCGGAUGAAUCGGGAUCAGAGAGUAGCGCAGCGGUUCAGAGAACCUCGAAGCCGCGCGUGGUGGUUCGGGAGACGAGCCUUAAGGUUUGGAGUCUGGGCUCUGGUCUCCCAGCUCGGACCGAGAGAGAAAGUCCCGAUGACCGAUGA